AUGGAGUUUAACCAACAAAAUUGGUGGCUUCCGGAAACUCCUUCAAAGGUUCCUCUCCCAACGCAACAACACACCAAUGUAAAUUUGAUCACCAAUGAAUUGGACUAUAAAAAUCAAUGUUUAAAAGAUGGUUCGUUUGUCGAACGUGUGAAUUUUAACUCGUCCAAUGAUAUCCAUAUCGAAGACGGUGCCAAUAAUAUACCUAUUCAUCCUAGUCAAGUUAGUCAAGGUGAUGAUGAUAUUGAAUUGUGUUCAAAGAAAAGGAAGAUCAACUUUAACAUUGAUUUAGAAAAACCAACUAAAAGGAAGAUAUAUCGACCUAAAGUGGUAUCUCAAUUGCUCAAGAGAACAAAGAAAUCUCAUCCUGAAAGCGAUAAAGCUCCAAAACCAUCAACUCCAAGAAAAAGUUAUGUGAAAAAGACUCCUAAGUGUUCGCGGCGACCUUUAUUUGUCGAUGAUGAACAUUCUGUCUCUUUACCAUUUUUGAUUGAUUCAAAGAAUGAGCAGGUGGAAUUUGAGAAUUCAACUAUCAGAAAUGAAUUUGGAAUUGAAUACAAUUCGUUGCAAAGUUACCAAAAGAUAAAUUCAUUGUUAGGUUUGUGUCUAGUUGAGAGCAGAAGAACUGGAGGAAAUUUUCCAUAUAUGUGUAAGAAAAAAAGAAUGAGCAGACACAGACUACAUUUGCAAAAACUUUUGACCCCUUUUGCAAAGGCGAAAAGAUCAAAUAGUUUUAUUAGGAAGAAAAAAUGUUGGACAAAUUUCUAUGUUGAAGGGAGUUAUGUAAAUAGCAAAAACAUGAGAUUUUUAAUCAAGAAAAUUAUUUCUAUGAAGAAAAAAAUACAUCAAAAGACAAAGAAAAGAGUAUAUCAAAAGAAAAAAAAGUUAGAUGUCCACAAAAAAUCAGGAGAAAUAGUUCUUUAUAAACGACCGUCGUUUGGAGUUGAUGUAAUACUUGAUGAAGAGACAUUAAGAGUAUGGAAUUUACUCGUUGCUGAAAGAGGACAUGAGGAGAAUGAUGAACAAAAGCGAACAUAUUGGGAGAAGAUAAGAAACACCUAUCAUAAAGUGAUUAAAUCAUUCUUAGAUGAAAUGCGUGACAUCCAAGGUGAUAGACGAUUCUUACCAUGGAAAGGUUCGGUUUUGGAUUCUGUGGUUGGAGUUUUCUUAACUCAAAAUGUGUCUGACUCUUUGUCAAGCUCUGCAUUCAUGUCACUUGCUGCAAAGUUCCCUGUCAAAUCAGUUACUUGUGAAGAAAGCAACAUGGUUGAUAAAGAAUUGAAAGAUAAAAAAAUUGAAGAAAUGGAAGCUCAUAAAGGCAAUGACUCUUCCAAAAUUGAUAACAAUGAAGCUGAAAAUAAUUCUAGCCCCAUGGAGACAAAAUUAGAUUCACCUAGCACAAUUUCUGGUGAGAAACAAUCACCUAAUACAAAAAGAAAGAAAAAUCGGGAGGAAAAGGAGAUGCUAUUGGAAAAGAAACGUCAAUAUUGGGAUACACUAAGAAAAAUCCACACUAAAAAUUAUCGACACAGUGAUUAUGUGGAUUCUGUUGAUUGGGAAACAGUAAGAACUGCAGUAGCUAGUGAAGUUGCCAAAGCUAUUGAAAUUCGUGGCCAACAUAAUAUUAUUACUGCAAGAAUUCAGCGUGUAUUGAACAAGUUAUUGGAAACAAAUGGAAGCAUGGAUUUAGAAUGGCUAAGAUACAUUCCACCAAAGGAAGCAAAGGAAUAUCUUUUGAGCAUACAUGGUUUGGGAUUGAAAAGUGUGGAAUGCAUAAGACUUUUAACACUUCGACAUGUUGCUUUUCCAGUGGAUGUAAAUGUUGGAAGAAUUGUUGUACGUUUGGGAUGGGUUCCCUUGCAACCAUUACCAGAAUCAAUUCAAAUACAUAAUCUAGAGGAAUUUCCAGAUUCGAAUAAAAUUCAACAAUUUCUUUGGCCAAGACUAUGCACUCUUGAUCAUGAUACAUUGUAUGAAUUACAUUAUCAGUUGAUAACCUUUGGAAAGGUUUUUUGCACAAAGAAAAAUCCAAAUUGCAAUGCUUGUCCAAUGAAGAAUGACUGUAAACAUUAUGCAAGUUCACUUGCAAGUAAAAAACUUGCCUUACCAGAACCAGGUCCAACAACAAAUCAAGGGAUUGUAGUGACACAAAUGGAUCACACUGAUGCUUAUUCUUUUCCAUACUUGGAUUCAUUAAACGAUUUUAAAUCUACAUUUAUUACCAAAGAAAGUAAAGGAUGUGAACCUAUAAUUGAGAUGCCUACAUCACCCGAACCUGAAAGUGGAGAAUUGGCUGAUUUUGAAAUAAAGCAUGGUGAAGAGAUUUACUAUUGUUAUACUAACGAGGAUGAAGAUAAUGAAGACAUUGAAGAUAUUCCAAUAAUCAACCUUAGUAAUCAAGAAUCUUCAUGUGCUCCAAAGAUACAUGAUAAUUCUUAUGAAGAGUUUGACCUUGACAUUAAUACAUCAACAGCUUUAGUUGUAUUACAUCCUGAUGCUGCAAACACUCCCUUACCAAAAAUGAAAAAUGUUAGUCGCUUGAAAACGGAGCGUUUCGUAUAUGUCCUCACAGAUAAUCAUCCUCUCCUAGCCAAGCACACUCCACGAGAACCUGAUGAUCCUUCCCCUUAUCUUUUGGUUACAUGGUUAUCAGAUGAAUUAGAAAGCUCGUCUGAAUCAAAUCAGAGCAGUGUACAAGAGGAAGACAAUAGUCAAACAGUUCCAGGAACACUACUGAUACCAUGUCGAACUGCAAUGAGAGGACAUUUUCCCUUAAAUGGAACAUACUUUCAAGUGAAUGAGGUUUUUGCUGACCACACCUCAAUGAUUCAACCAAUUAAUGUUCCUAGAAAUUGGUUGUGGCAUCUUGAGAAACGGAUAGUAUAUUUUGGUACUGGAACAUCAGCAAUAACAAGAGGUUUGUCGGUGAAUAAAAUCAAGAAAUGCUUUCAGGAAGGUUUCAUUUGUGUGAGGGCAAUCGAUAUAAAUACAAGAGCUCCAAGACCUAUAUCUUCUAUAUUGCAUCGCAACACAAUAUCCCAAGUAAGAAAGGGAAACAAAGAUGUGUCCCCAAAUGAGGAAGUAUGAUUCCCAAUUAUAUGUAUUAUGUGUAUACAUUCUUUUACUCUUCAAUUAUUUUAUUAAUUCUCAUUUGCUAAA